CUGCCCCGCCGCAGCAUGGGCGCGCGCGGCCCGGCCCUCAGCCUCCUCCUGCUGCUGCUCUGUCCCGCGCAGGUGUUUUCACAAUCCUGUGUUUGGUAUGGAGAGUGUGGAAUUGCAUCUGGAGAUAAGAGGUACAAUUGUAAAUAUUCUGGGCCACCAAAACCAUUGCCAAAGGAUGGGUAUGAUUUAGUGCAGGAGCUCUGUCCAGGAUUCUUCUUUGGCAAUGUCAGUCUUUGCUGUGAUGUUCAGCAGCUUCAGACGCUGAAGAACAACCUGCAACUUCCUCUACAGUUUCUGUCCAGAUGUCCAUCCUGUUUUUAUAACCUAAUGAACCUGUUUUGCGAGCUGACAUGUAGCGCUCGACAAAGUCAGUUUCUGAACGUUACAGCAACUGAAGAUUAUGUUGAUCCUUAUAAAAACCAGACGAAAACAAAUGUAGUAGAAUUACAGUACUAUGUUGGAGAGAGUUUUGCCAAUGCCAUGUACAACGCCUGCAGGGAUGUGGAGGCCCCCUCAAGUAAUGACAAAGCCCUGGGGCUGCUGUGUGGGAAGCAAGCCGAGGCCUGCAAUGCCACCAACUGGAUCCAGUACAUGUUCAAUAAGGACAACGGCCAGGCGCCCUUCACUAUCACACCCGUGUUUUCAGACCUUCCAGCCCAUGGGAUGGAGCCCAUGAACAAUGCCACCAAGGGCUGUGAUGAGUCUAUGGACGAGGUCACGGGGCCGUGCAGUUGCCAGGAUUGCUCGGCGGUGUGUGGCCCCAAGCCCCAGCCCCCACCCCUUCCUGCUCCCUGGAGAAUCUUGGGCCUGGACGCCAUGUAUGUCAUCAUGUGGAUCACCUACAUGGCCUUUUUGCUGGUGUUUUUUGGAGCAUUUUUUGCCCUCUGGUGCUACAGAAAACGAUAUUUUGUCUCUGAGUACACCUAUGCUGAUAGCAAUAUAGCUUUCUCUGUAACUGCCAGUGACAAAGAGGAGGCGUGCUGCUGUGUCCCGCCCCGUGCGGCGUUCGAGGGCUGUUUGAGGCGGCUCUUCGCACGGUGGGGCUCUUUCUGCAUGCGAAACCCCGGCUGUGUCAUUUUCUUCUCCCUGGCCUUCAUUGCUGCAUGUUCCUCAGGCCUGGUGUUCGUCCGGGUCACCACCAAUCCAGUGGACCUCUGGUCAGCCCCCAACAGCCAGGCACGCCUGGAGAAAGAGUACUUUGACUCGCACUUUGGGCCUUUCUUCCGCACAGAGCAGCUCAUCAUCCGGGCCCCCCACACCCACGUACACACUUACCAGCCGUACCCCUCGGGGUCUGACGUGCCCUUUGGACCUCCGCUUGACAUAGAGAUUUUGCACCAGGUUCUUGACUUACAAACAGCCAUCGAAAACAUUACUGCAUCUUAUAACAACAGGACUGUGACACUUCAAGACAUCUGCUUGGCCCCUCUCUCACCAUAUAACAAGAACUGCACCAUUAUGAGUGUGUUAAAUUACUUCCAGAACAGCCAUUCCACGCUGGACCACAAAAUAGGGGACGACUUCUUUGUGUACGCGGAUUACCACACGCACUUUCUGUACUGUGUCCGGGCUCCUGCCUCUCUGAAUGAUACAAGUUUGCUCCAUGAUCCUUGUCUGGGUACGUUUGGUGGACCAGUGUUCCCGUGGCUCGUGUUAGGAGGCUAUGAUGAUCAAAACUACAAUAAUGCCACAGCCCUUGUGAUUACCUUUCCUGUCAAUAAUUACUAUAACGAAACAGAGAAGCUCCGGAGGACCCAGGCCUGGGAAAGAGAGUUUAUUAAUUUUGUGAAAAACUACAAGAAUCCAAAUCUGACCAUUUCUUUCAUUGCUGAACAAAGUAUUGAAGAUGAACUGAAUCGUGAAAGUUACAGUGAUGUCUUCACUGUUGUGAUCAGCUAUGGCAUCAUGUUUCUGUAUAUUUCCAUAGCCUUGGGACACAUCAAAAGCUGUAGCAGGCUUCUAGUGGAUUCUAAAAUCUCCCUUGGCAUCGCAGGUAUCCUCAUUGUUUUGAGCUCCGUGGCGUGCUCAUUGGGCAUCUUCAGCUACAUUGGGAUCCCUGUCACCCUCAUUGUGAUCGAGGUCAUCCCAUUCCUGGUGCUGGCUGUUGGGGUGGACAACAUCUUCAUUCUGGUCCAGACCUACCAGAGAGAUGAACGUCUUCAGGGAGAAACCCUGGAUCAGCAGCUGGGCAGGGUCCUAGGAGAAGUGGCUCCUAGUAUGUUCCUGUCGUCCUUUUCAGAGACUCUUGCAUUUUUCUUAGGAGCAUUGUCAGUGAUGCCAGCCGUGCACACUUUCUCUCUGUUUGCGGGACUGGCAGUCUUCAUUGACUUCCUUCUUCAGAUUACCUGUUUUGUGAGUCUCUUGGGGCUAGACAUUAAGCGUCAAGAGAGAAACCGGCUGGACAUCCUUUGCUGUGUCAGAGGCUCUGAAGAUGGAACCGGCGUCCAGGCCUCUGAAAGCUGCUUGUUUUGGUUCUUCAAAAACUCCUAUUCUCCACUUCUGCUUAAGGACUGGAUGCGACCAAUUGUGAUAGCAGUAUUUGUGGGUGUUCUGUCAUUCAGUAUUGCAGUCCUGAACAAAGUGGAAAUUGGAUUGGAUCAGUUUCUUUCAAUGCCAGACGACUCCUACGUGAUCGAUUAUUUCAAGUCCAUCAGUCAGUACCUGCAUGCGGGUCCACCGGUGUACUUUGUCCUGGAGGAAGGGCACAACUACACGUCUCUGAAAGGGCAGAACAUGGUGUGCGGGGGCAUGGGCUGCGACAGCGACUCCCUGGUGCAGCAGAUAUUCAGCGCGGCUCAGCUGGACAACUAUACGCGAAUAGGCUUCGUGCCCUCCUCCUGGCUUGACGAUUAUUUUGAUUGGGUUAAGCCGCAAUCGUCUUGCUGUAGGGUCUACAAUAGCACUGACCAGUUCUGCAACGCUUCAGUGGUUGACCCUGCCUGCAUCCGCUGCAGGCCUCUGACUCUGGAGGGCAAACAGCGGCCUCAGGGCGGAGACUUCAUGAGAUUCCUACCCAUGUUCCUUUCCGAUAACCCGAACCCCAAGUGUGGCAAAGGGGGACAUGCUGCUUAUAGUUCGGCAGUUAACAUCCUCGGCAAUGACACUGGUGUUGGAGCCACUUACUUCAUGACCUACCACACGGUGCUCCAGACCUCUGCUGACUUCAUUGACGCCAUGAGAAAAGCCCGCCUCAUCGCCGGGAACAUCACCAAAACCAUGGGCCUCAAAGGCAGCAAUUACCGUGUGUUCCCGUACAGUGUGUUCUAUGUCUUCUACGAGCAGUACUUGACCAUUGUUGACGACACGAUCUUGAACCUUGGCGUGUCCCUGGGCGCCAUCUUGUUGGUGACCAUGGUUCUCCUGGGCUGUGAACUGUGGUCUGCAGUGAUCAUGUGUGUCACCAUCACCAUGAUCUUGAUCAACAUGUUUGGCGUCAUGUGGCUGUGGGGUAUCAGUCUGAACGCAGUGUCUUUGGUCAACUUGGUGAUGAGCUGUGGCAUUUCCGUGGAAUUCUGCAGCCACAUAACGAGAGCGUUCACAGUGAGUGCGAAGGGAAGCCGCGUGGAACGCGCAGAAGAGGCAGUCUCGCACAUGGGCAGUUCUGUAUUCAGUGGAAUCACACUAACAAAAUUUGGAGGGAUUGUGGUGUUGGCCUUUGCCAAAUCUCAGAUUUUCCAGAUAUUUUACUUCAGGAUGUAUUUAGCUAUGGUCUUACUGGGAGCCACUCAUGGGUUAAUAUUCCUCCCUGUCUUACUCAGUUAUAUAGGACCAUCAAUAAAUAAAGCCAAAAGUUUGGCCACUCAAGAGCAGUACAAAGGUACAGAACGAGAGCGACUCCUAAAUUUCUAGCCCUCUUCCGGGGUUUGGGGACUCUGAACUGUGUCUGCGGGCUGGUCAGUGUACUGCUGGACAGUAGCUGCCUUGUCAAGGCUAAAUUGAACACGGGAUAUUUCCAAACAUCAGGCUCUUUAACAGCAGCAGCUUCAGCCAUAGCGCUUUUCAACUCAGGAAUGCACGUCUGACUUCUGAAGCACUAUUACUAAAUCUGAAGGCACCCCAGAACACUAAAGCGUCUCCCAGUUCUCCAGGAAUGAACCCUAAGUCUUUGGCAAGGGGAAGGUGACACCAGCAUGGCUGUGAAUGUCAUCUGCUCACUGACACUUCUUAAAGGCCAGUCAAUGAAGGGUUUCCUUUUUUUUUUUUUUCAGGAGUAAGCCAUCACAAGUUCUAUACCAUAUUUUUAGUAACAUUUGAGGAUGUUGUAGAUACUUUAUUAUAACAUUUUGUUGUUUAAAGAGCUUUAUUAAUGCAAUAAAUUAACUUUGUACACAUUUUUAUAUAUAUAAAAAAACUAGCAAGUGAUUUCAGAAUGUUGUAGGCCUCAUUAGAGCUUGGUCUCCAAAAACCUGUUUGAAAAAAGCAACAUGUUCUUCACAGUGUUCGCCUAUAAAGGAAAAUACAGAUUUAAUCCAUUAGAUGUGCCACGAAAAGAGGAAACCAAGAGAUGUGUAUACUCGGUUUUAACUUAUUUUUCUUUCAUAAAAUAUUUUUUUCCUAA